AUGCGAAAGUCGUUCAAAGAUUCACUCAAAGCUCUUGAAGCUGAUAUCCAGUUCGCCAACACCCUGGCAUCUGAGUAUCCAGAGGAGUACGAUGGGGGCUGCGUGCAGAUGAGAUUAUCUUACAGCCCGGCGGCUCAUCUCUUUCUCUUCCUUCUUCAGUGGACAGAUUGUCAUUUCGCUGGCGCUUUGGGAUUGCUUAGGAUCCUUAUUUAUAAGGCAUAUGUUGAUGGGAAGACCACAAUGUCGCUACAUGAACGCAAAGCUAGCAUCAAAGAAUUCUAUGAUGUGUUGUUUCCUUCGCUAUUGCAACUACACGGAGGGAUAUCCGAUGUAGAAGAAAGGAAACAAAAGGAGGUGUGCGACAAAAGAUACCGGAAAAAGGACAGAACGGAGAAAGGAAAGAUGUCAGAGAUCGAUUUGGAGAGGGAAGAAGAGUGUGGCAUUUGCUUGGAGAUUCGAAAUAAAGUUGUUCUUCCUACUUGCAACCACUCCAUGUGUAUCAAUUGCUACAGAAACUGGCGUGCGCGGUCACAAUCGUGCCCGUUCUGUCGAGGAAGCUUGAAGAGAGUGAAUUCUGGUGAUCUGUGGGUUUACACAUCGAUGAAAGAGAUCGUGGAGUUACCGGCGAUUUACAAGGAGAAUCUGAAGAGGCUUUUAAUUUACAUUGAUAAGUUGCCUCUCGUUGCUUCUGACCCAACUCUUGUCCCUUACUCUCCUCUUCCUCGGUGA